CUGGGAACUACAGUGUCAGCAAUAAAUGAGCUCAGUCGGAAUGCAUCUCACUUCAAGUCUUAUAGUUUCGUUAUUAUUUACUUUCUUAAGAAUUGUAUCUUCUUACAACAUAUUGGCGUUUCUACCAUUCAACGGAAAGACUCAUCAUAUUGUAUAUCGGCCGAUAUUAGAGGCACUUGCAGACGCCGGGCAUAACAUUACCUACGUCACACCAAUAUCUCCACCAGAACCGCAUCCGAAGAUAAAAUAUAUUCUCAUCGAUGACUGCUAUCCAGGAUUCAAUAGUAAAUUUUUCUUCGAAAACUCCAAGCGCUUAUUCUUUCUUCAAGUGAGCGCUGUGUAUGGAAUAACAACCGAAGGACUUGAAAAAGUUUAUAACCAGCCAGAAGUAAAGGAUCUCAUCGCUUCAUCGGAGGUCUUCGACGCUGUCAUCACAGAGACCUGUUUUUUUCAAGAGGCCAACGCAGCUCUGCACCACAGGUUCAAUGCAGUCGGUGUUGAGAUCUGCUGCUUGGGAGAAAGAUCUUGGAUUAACAGCGUAGCUGGACUUCCAGACAAUACGGCCUACAUGAUAGAUUACAGGUCCCCGUACACUGAUAACAUGUCUCUGUUAGAAAGAAUCCACAACAGCUACAUUACUCUCACAGUCUUGCUGACUAGCCAGUUUUAUCUGUCCCGAAUGGAAGACGUUGCGAAGAGGUCGCUGAAAUACCACGGUAGCAAGGAUCGACCACCGUUGGAUCACAUCCUGGCCAACAUCAGCAUGAUCUUGGUGAACAGUCAUCCAGCGUUAAGCUAUCCAUAUCCAACUUCUCCUCACGUCAAAAAGAUUGGAGGAGUCGUAAUACAGAAAAAGUCUAAACCAGUUCCAGAGCACAUUCGGAACUUCUUAGACAAUGCGAAACAUGGCGUGAUAUACCUGUCUCUGGGAACUAAUUUGGCCAUAGUGUCUGAGAGUACAGAAUUCGGAGAUGUUGCGAGUACUUUGAUGAAAGUCUUUGGCAAUUUGAAGCAGCGUGUAUUGAUGAAGUGGGACACUGAAUAUCCAAAAGAUCAGAUACCAACUAACGUCAUGAUGUCUUCUUGGUUUCCUCAGCAACAGAUAUUAGGUCACAAUCGAACAAUACUAUUCAUUACUCACGGCGGAUACUCCAGUUUAUAUGAAUCAGCCUAUUUUGGUAUCCCUAUCAUCGGAAUUCCAUACUUUGGAGACCAGCCGAAGAAUGUUCGGGCAGCAGUCGCUGCAGGCUUCUGCAUCAGGGUGGAUUAUAACAAUGUCACAGAAGGUUCUCUGACUUGGGCAAUCAAAGAGAUACUGAACAAUAAAAGGUACAAAGAAGAAGCGGAAAGAAGGUCUUCUAUGCUGAGGGACACACAAACUUCACCCGUGGAUGAUGCUGUGUUUUGGAUUGAGCACGCCAUCAAAUACCCAAACUCCCUGACUCCGCGUUCAGCAUACAUGUCCUUCAUUGUAGUUAACUUGAUUGAUAUUAAAAUUAUUUUAUUGAUCGUCAUUAUAAGCUUGUAUUACAUAGCUCGGAAGUUUGUUGGUAGCAACAAUUACAAAAUUCCAGGCAAAAAAGAAAAAACAUUAUGAAUCUAUCGUAAGCGAUAUAACGAAGCGAAGGAAAUGAAUAUUAAUAAAUUGUAUUAUUGUUUAUUUAUUAAUUAUUCAGAGAUGAUUUUCAUAUCUCUCUUUCAUAGUUUUAUUUCACAAAGUUCGGAU